GGCCACUGACUAAAAGUUGCUGAUCAGAAAUCAGCUCUCAGAGCCUCUGCACAACCAUUGUUCUGUUAGCUUAAUUUUCAAAACUGACUCUAAAUCAGCAAGUCAACUGUCAUCUGUGAUUGACGUCAUUUCGUUUGUUUCUUGUGCUGACGAACCUGACCAACUACCAAUCACAUCUGAGCUGUCAACGAGCUGGCCAAUUGGUGUUAGGGGGCGGGGGAUCACAUACACCGCCUGUGUAAACUUUUUUACUCAGCCCAGGCUUAGAAAUUGUUGCAUGUAUGACAGUCUUGGACGUUUUGUUCACCUGUGUUUUCGAUGUCUUUAAGUGUUUCCCAAAGAUAGCUCGUAGCUUUGGUUUGCUCCUGAGACCUACGUGCUUUUCCUGCACCAUGGCAGCAGCGAAAGCCGUAGUUGUACUGGUAGAAGAACCAGAGGACUACUGCAGGAGCAGUGUAGGUGACGCACAGGGAAAACUACCGGAUGACGGAGAAGCUGAGGAGGCCGAGGAAGAGUUCUCCUGUUCGGCCUACUGCUCGGACCUCUCCCGACGGCAGAAUGAGCAGAGGAAGGAGGGACUGUUCUGCGACGUUACGCUGGUCUUCUGCUCCGGGCUCGGCGGGAAGAGGGUCCAGACCUUAACCGCUCACCGCACGGUUUUAUCGGCGGCGUCGCACUACUUUACGGUGCUGCUGGGCGGACAAUUCGCAGAGUCUCGGUCUGGUCGAGUGGAGCUCAAGUCAUGGGGCUGUGAAAAAGGACUGGACCCAGAGACUGUGAGGAGUGUCAUUCAGUUCAUGUAUACUGGAGAGAUAACAGUCACCACGGCUAAUGUGCACCAAGUGCUGGAACUCGCUGACAGGUUCCUGCUGGGGCAGCUGAAGAGCUUCUGCGGAGACUUUCUGAUGAACAAGUUGAAUUUGUCCAACUGUGUUGCCGUGCACAACCUGGCUAACAUGUACACCCUGGACCACCUGGCUGCAGGAGCUGGCAGGACCAUUAGAAUGAACUUCCACAAAGUUAUCAACAAUAAGGAGUUUCUCACAAUACCGUUUCACCUGCUGCGGGACUGCCUGUCGGACACAGGAAUCGCUGUAGAGUCCGAGCAAGAGUUGUUUGAGGCCAUCGUGCGGUGGGUGCACCAAAACCUGGAGGGUCGAGAAAAGCACUUUGAAGAGCUGUUCAGGCUGUUGAGGCUGUCACAGAUCCCCCCGUCCUUUCUGAUGCAGGUAAGAAAGGAACCUCUAGUGGCCAAAAGCGACUCGUGUCUCAAGCUGGUGUCUGACACUCUAGAGGCUCAUGCCAUUUACUUUGAGAGCUAUCAAGCAGCUAAUGCAGAGGCCCGCGGCAUGUUGGCUGAUCAGCCACGUUUCGGUCAGAUCAUGGACGUAAUCAUGGUGGUCGGCGGUGUUUCAGACGGCGGAGAGUAUGUGAGUGAAUGUGUGGGCUAUUUUGUUGCUGAGGACCGCUGGGUCAACCUGCCAAGCAUUCACACACACCUUGACGGACACGCCAUCGCAGUGACAGAUAGCCAUGUUUAUGUGGCAGGCUCAACGGAGCCCGGCUUUGCUAAGAUGGUAGAGCGCUACAAUCCCACCCUCAACACCUGGGAGCAGGUCUGCAAUCUAGACUCGCGCAAACACGCCCUCGGCCUGACGUGUGUCAAAGACACACUGUACUGUAUUGGUGGACAUGGAAACUUCAGUCCGGGCUUUAAGGAUGUUUCUGUCUACGAGCCGGAGGUGAAUGAGUGGCAUAAUCUUGAGCCAGCACCAAAGAUCCUCAGGGAUGUGAAAACAGUGAGUGUAGAGGACCGAUAUGUGUACGUGGUGGCCAGAACACCCGUGGACUUGGACCACGACGACGGACUGAGCACCGUGAUGACCUGCUUCGAUACGGAGAGACAUAAGUGGCAGGACGUGGACUCCUUACCGCUCAUCGAUAACUACUGUACUUUUCAAAUGGCCGUGGGCUCCACUAACUUCUACCACACUGCCACCUGUUGCCCCAAAAACUACAUGGUCACAGCUGAGGCAGCGCAGCAGAAAAUAAGCAGAAACAUUCCAGAUGACAUUCUCCAUAGCCUCCCUCCAGAGGUCCUUGGUUUGGAGGGGGCAGCCAUUUGCUACAUGGGUGAAGACAUAUUCAUCAUCGGUGGCUGGAGGAAUAACAACAUCAUGUACAAGCAGUACUGCAAGGAGGUGUACCGUUACUGUGGCAAGAAGAAGCGCUGGAUGCUGUUACCACCCUUACCUCGGCCCCGCUACCGGGCAGCGGCCUGCCAUGUUCGUAUUCCCUACCAGUAUCUUCGUGGCCGCCCCAACUACCCGGUGCCGCUGAACCUAGCUUGUGAGCGGUACCAAAGGCAGCAAAUUGAGCAGCUACAUCACCGCACCAUUUCUCUGUGGAGGCAGUUUCAGUCUCAAAUCGAAUGUUGAGUCAGAUAUUUGACCUUAUCUGCCUGGUUAGGGUUUGUUAACACCUAAUCCACUUCGAAUGAAAUCUACGGUGAUUAAGAAAUUCAGUAUUGGAUUUUUGUGUUCUUUGAAUGUGUUAACCGCACUAACUGAUUAUUGUCUUAUUUGUCUUGUUCUGUGCUGUGACUGCAGAGUUCAGUUUUUAUGUUACUGUUCAAAGUGCCUGUCAGCUGUAGUCACUGGGAUAGUCAAUGGGACUAAAGCAUUUUUUGACCUACUUGUAGUCAGGAGUUGUAAGUAAAUUAUUUUAUGGAAGCUGUUGAUCUUCCAAAAAAAAAAAAUCUAAAAGAAAAUACAUUAAAAUUCAUUGUUGACAGUGUUAAGCACAAGUGAAAUUUUGGCGUAAGUGUGCCCAUAUGUAUAAAUACACAUAUUUUGUAACUGUGUAGUAACUGUGCAAAUAUACAAUAAAAGCACUACAACAA